GAACUCCCUGGAACCUGGGGAAGGGGAGGCAGUGCAGGAGGUGACUGGAACAGCGGCGGCGGUAGGGGAGGGGGAGGUGGAGGCGGAGGCGGCGGUGGCGGCGGCGGAGCUCUCAGCCGUGGCAGCUGAGGCUCCAGCCUUCUCCAGGGCGGCGCAGCAGACAAUAACCGGGCUAGAAACCAGACCGGGCUGGGUAAGCUUUGCUCGCAGACAGUAGUCUCCGCCUGCCCGCCCUCCGGUGGCAGUCCCGCGUGCUCCGUUCUGGCAGCCUGGAGAGGAGCUCUCAGGGCUGGGCGGGUCGGCAUUCGCACCGCUCUGCGCUGCCCCUUGAAACCCGCUUUGAGGACUGCCCGGUGUGGGCCAGUGCCAGGUACUCGGCGCGAGCGACUGCGGCUAGAGGCGGAGAAGAGACCCAACUGUGAUGCUUCCUUUCUGAUGAUGUUAUAAAAGUGCUCAGAAGCCAGAAGGCUGCAUUUUUCAGCUGAACAUACCUGAGUUGUCCCCACUAUCAUGGAAACCCGCAAGGAUGAAUCUCCUCAGGCCAAGGGAGCAGCAGUCUCUGUGGAUACCCAGGACCAAGGGGCAGAGAAUGGAGCCAAGAACAAGGCAGCUGAGAUGAUAGAAGGGCCAGCAUCAGAACCACCCUCAUCUGGCCCAGGUAGGCUGAAAAAAACUGCCAUGAAACUCUUUGGUGGCAAGAAGGGCAUCUGUACCCUGCCUAGUUUCUUUGGAGGGGGACGAAGCAAAUGUUCUGGGAAAGGCAACUCUAAGAAGGGCCUUAGCAAGAGCAAGACCCACGAUGGCCUGAGUGAAGCAGAUCAUGGCCUUGAAGAUAUUGUCAGCGAAGGAACUGGCCUCUCCUUACCUUUGCCUGAGUCAUCCUGCCAGCUUCUCAGUUCCCAGAGUGCCCAUGGGUCUUUGGAGAUAGGCUCCAGAUGCAAGAUAUCUGUGGCUGGAACCACUGAGAAGGUUCCCUUUGUGACCAAGCCAAAAAAAGGCCUGAAAGGUUUUUUCAGCAGUAUCCGCCGUCACCGGAAGAGCAAGGUCUCUGGGGCUGAGCAAAGUGAUCCAGGGGCCAAGGAGCCUGAAGGGGCCAGAGCCCGGCUUUACGAGCAUGUGAGCUCAGCCCUUCUGCCCCACACUGAACAAACCCUCCAAGCCCCAAGAGAGGAAAAUACCAAGUCCCAAGAUCCCCCUGGACCCAAAGUUUCUUCAUUAUCAGAACCUUCUCCAACAGCCACUGAGAAGACAGCAUGUAAAGAUCCCGAAAAAAACACGAAAGCCUGUGCCUCCGCACUCCUGCAGCCCAAACCUGCCCUUGAAGCCAGUAGCCCAGAGGAGCCCCACAGCCCAGAAACAGGGGAGAAGGUGGUGGCAGAAGAGGUAAAUCCACCUGGUGGCCCUGUGGGGGACCAGCUGAGCCUCCUCUUUGGGGAUGUCACAUCUUUGAAAAGUUUUGACUCACUGACAGGUUGUGGUGACAUUAUAGCAGAACAGGACAUGGACAGUAUGACAGACAGCAUGGCCUCCGGAGGCCAGAGGGCCAACCGAGAUGGGACCAAGCGAAGUUCUUGCCUGGUGACCUACCAAGGAGGGGGUGAGGAAAUGGCUUUGCCCGAUGAUGAUGAUGAAGAGGAAGAGGAGGUGGAAUUAGAGGAGGAAGAAGAGGAAGUCAAGGAGGAAGAAGAUGAUGACUUAGAAUAUAUGCGGGCAAGUGCCCAGGUGUACCCAAGGCCCAAUCUAAAUCCAGGCUACCAUUCCACUACAUCCCCAGGCCACCAUGGCUACAUGCUUCUUGACCCAGUUAGGUCUUAUCCUGGCCUAGCCCCUGGGGACCUUUUGACUCCUCAGAGUGAUCAGCAAGAGUCUGCCCCCAACAGUGAUGAAGGUUAUUAUGACUCCACCACGCCUGGACUUGAGGAUGAUUCAGGAGAGGCCCUGGGGCUUGUCCACAGGGAUUGCUUACCCCGAGACAGCUACAGUGGUGAUGCCCUCUAUGAGUUCUAUGAACCAGAUGAUAGUCUGGAGAACUCCCCACCUGGGGAUGACUGCCUUUAUGACCUCCAUGGUCACAGCUCUGAGAUGUUUGACCCCUUCUUGAACUUUGAUCCCUUUUCUUCCUCUAGGCCACCUGGGGCAAUGGAGACAGAGGAAGAACGGUUAGUGACCAUCCAAAAACAGUUACUAUAUUGGGAGCUUCGGCGGGAGCAGCUUGAGGCCCAGGAGGCACAUGCUCGAGAGGCUCAUGCCAGGGAGGCCUACACCCAAGAAACUCACACUAGGGAGGCCCAUGCUCAAGAGGCCUAUGCCAGGGAGGCCUGUGUCCGGGAAGUCCGUGCUCGAGAGGCUCAAGUCCGAGAGGUCCAGGCCCGGCAGGAGAAGCCAAUCAUGGAGUAUCAGAAGAGGCCUUUAGGCCCUUCAGUGAUGGGCCUGGUGGAAGGGGCAUCAGGUGCUUCACAGACUUCCCACAAAGGAACCACCUCAGCUUUCCCUGCCACUGAAAGCAGCCAGCCAGAUUGGAGGGACUUCAGACCUUUGGAAAAGCGUUUUGAGGGAACCUGCUCCAAGAAAGAUCAAAGUGCCUGCCUGAUGCAGCUCUUCCAGAGUGAUGCUAUGUUUGAACCAGACAUGCAGGAAGCAAAUUUUGGAGGUUCUCCCAGGAGGGCCUACCCUACUUAUUCACCCCCUGAAGAGCCAGAGGAAGAGGAAGUUGAGAAGGAAGGGAAUGCCACUGUGAGUUUCUCUCAGGCUCUUGUGGAGUUCACCAGCAAUGGAAACCUCUUUUCUAGCAUGUCCUGCAGCUCUGACUCUGACUCAUCAUUCACUCAAAACCUCCCUGAGCUGCCUCCCAUGGUGACCUUUGACAUAGCUGAUGUUGAACGGGAUGGGGAAGGGAAAUGUGAAGAAAAUCUUGAGUUCCACAACGAUGAAGACCUUGCAGCCUCCUUGGAAGCUUAUGAACUGGGGUACUACCAGAAACAUGCCUUCAACAACUACUGCAGCAGAUUCUACCAAGGCCUACCUUGGGGUGUGAGCAGUCUUCCUCGAUACUUGGGACUGCCUGGCAUGCACCCUCGACCUCCACCUGCUGCCAUGGCCCUCAACAGGAGGAGCCGCUCCCUCGACACUGCAGAGACCCUGGAGCUAGAGCUCUCCAAUUCUCACCUGGCCCAGGGCUACAUGGAGUCUGAUGAGCUUCAUGCUCAGCAAGAAGAUUCAGAUGAAGAGGAAGAGGAAGAAUGGGGCCGAGAUAGUCCCCUGUCCCUCUACACUGAACCUCCAGGGACCUAUGACUGGCCUGCCUGGGCUCCUUGUCCUCUCCCAGUGAGGCUAGGUCCUGCCUGGAUAAGUCCUAGCCAGUUGGAUGGGCCUUCCAGCCAGUCUCAGCAUGGGAAGACAGCCUGUUGUGUAUCUCCUGUUGCCAUGUCAAUGUUGUUGUCAGUAUCAGGGCCAGAGCCAAAGGCACCUGGGGAAUCUAAGGCUCAGCUAGCUCGACCUUCACACCUACCCCUGCCUAUGGGCCCUUGUUAUAACCUCCAGCCAAAGGUCUCCCAGAGUGCGAGGGCCAGGCCUCGAGAUAUGCUGCUGCCUGUUGAUGAGCCCAGUUGCUCCUUCAGUUCUGGAGGCUUCAGCCCCAGCCCUCUGCCCCAGGCCAAGCCUGUGGGCAUUACCCAUGGCAUCCCUCAGCUGCCCAGGGUCCGGCCUGAGCCCCCAGAGCCUCAGUCCAUUCACUGUGGCGCUUCCACCCUUGACCUCUCAAAGGAGAGAGCAGAGGAAGGUGCCUCUCUCCCCACCAUCUACUCCUCCACUGCCAUGGAUGGAAACCUAGCUGAGUAGUCAUCAUCAAUUCUGGAGUGGGAGGCAUGGGGACUGAGCAUGUGAAUGGGUACAGGGGUAGGGAGAGGGGUGGGGGGUGGGGGUUGCUCCUUAACUUGAAAAUCCUUUUGGCCAAGGAAAGCUAUGAGUUUUCGCCUUUGUUUUCCCACUUUUCCUUGUCCCUCAUCUGUGGCCACAUUUAGUUCAAGUACAUCUGCCCUGGGAGACUGCUGCUAUUGCUGUGAUCCAGUUUUUGCUUUCAGGGUUUUUUCUUGUGACCCAUGCAGGGUUUGGGAUGCUGUAAUUUUGUGCCUAUUCCAGUUGCUGAGUUAGCGAUUAUAUAUAUAUAGCAUGCAUCCUUGACAUACACUGAACCCUUAGCACCCCUGCCACUUCUCCACCCAGUGUGUGAUGAACCACUGAUGAGCAGCCAGGUCUGCACUCCCUCCCACUUGGGGACAGGGAGCUUGUUUCCUGUUAUCAAUGUGAAAUUAUGAUACAGAUCCUUCCUACCCCCACUUCCUUUGGCCUUGGCAUAGCUGCCACAAUUACAUCAGAUGAUACAAUCUGUUAGUCCCAGCUAGCUGUCCUUAGGUUCAAGUAACAUGUGUCUUGCUGCCUACUGCUGUGGACUUUGGCAUCAUAACCAGAUGAGGAGGGCCUUUUAACCUGGCCUGCCACACUUGGGUUGAAGACAAAAAUAAUUCCCUUAAUGGAGUGAUCAAAUUCAUCAAGUUGCAGAUAGAAGACAAAAUAGGGUUCUAUUGUAGACACUGCCAUAAGUCUUGAGCUCCGGAAUGGUAGGAUUUUUUUCUUCUUCAUUUCUUAAGCUUGUGACUGCCUGAGUUGCCGAUGCUUUUGAAUUUUGGUUCUCUUUUCCUCCAAAGUAUAUUUUCAUAAUUCUGUCACAAGGAACACAUUCUUUUAAUUGAGAUACAGGAAGAGCAGCUGCCUAAAUUAGGCUUGGCUGUAGGGGCUGGGGCUUUUGCAGGUUGCGGGAGAAGGAUAGUAAAUGGCAGCUAAUUUUUCCUUGCCAUCAGGAGAGAGGAUUUUAGACAUUGAAGAGCUCAUGGCAACCCAGGUUCUUAAAAGGGAAAAUUGCUUCCCCUGCCCCAGAGACAAAAAGUUCCUUAAGCUUUGCCCACCCCUUCCUUGGACCCCAUAAAGAGGUUCCAUGCUAGCGCGCCCAAGAGACAGAACACCUCGGGCAUUUAGGCUGCUGUUCCAUGCUCUGUAAAGAACUUUCAUUUUCCAGUUAGCCAAGUUCUUAGCAUCAUUAAAAGACCAGACUUCUUGAGAGGAAAGGCUGUCACCGGCCCUCACUCUGCCAAGCUGAAGGACUCUGAUUUGCAUCGUAAUUGCAGCCCUUUAUGGAAUGAAUAGUGUCUUUCCUUCUCCCACAUCCAUACAAUUUUCAUGUAAAACUAGCUUGGAAAUGUUGGUGGGAAAGAGUUACUGCCAGGAAGGCAUUGCAACAGGCUAAUCUUACCAGUCUCUACUUCUCAUUAAUGACCAAUAUGAGAGGGUUCCUUUUUCCAAUAAUUUCUUUAUUGGUAAUAGUAUAUGGAACAUUUUUUCUUGGAUAUGUUGACCCAAAUUAUAAUCCUUGUUCCUCUGACCCUGUCCCAUCCCCCAACCAUCUUCAUGCCUGUUAAGAGAAGAGGUAAACAGGGCUCUUGCCAUUCCCAAAGUAUGUCAACUUAGCUUAGGAACAUAUGCUGUUGGCCCCCCAAGUCAAGAUGACUUUGUGGACAAACUGCUCCUCGGCAAGGGAUGUGUCUGUGCUGGUCUUUGUCACAAUUUCUCAGAUUGAGGUAGGCCCACUGCCUCUUCCCUCAAAGAGGAAACCUGGUUGGUAGAAGCUGCACCCCGGAAGUACCACAUGGAUUUACAUGGCACUGACACCAACACUCAAAGGACCCAGACCAGCUCUCUAGGCUGACCUUGUCUGCAUUGUGAAGAAAUGCAUCAGCCAUUGAGCUGGAGAAUCAGAGAGGGUGAGGAAGGCCCCCCUCACUUCAAGUACAUCAUUCCAUGAGAAAAGUGCCCAGAUUCUGGCUUCUCACCAAAGCUGCCCUGGAACUGAAUGGCCUGGCUCUUUGGCAGGAAGGAAACACUCACCAAAUGCCUUUACAACAGGGGAAAACCCACCACUUGCCUCUUCUGUCUCUGCUUGUCCUUCAGGGCAGUUUGUAUGUGGACUAUGCCAGCCACAGCAGGUGGUAGAGCCACCAUCAACCUUCAGAGCCCACUUGAUCACCAACCUAUCUGAGAAGAGAAAAAGUAGGUGGUCAGCCUUUGGCCAAGGGCUGAGAGCCACCCUCCGUAACAAGAGGGCAACAAAAGGUGACACCUCUGCAGGGAGCAGUCAUGGCCCUGACACACUUUGCUGAACUUUGGAAGGUGGCUUAUCACAUAGUAAGUGCUAAGACUGAGUGGCAACUUGUGGUUUGGACAUUGCUGCCUGCAAGUCCUCUUACUGUCCUGGUCUGCCCAGGGACAGGAGCCUUACCACCAGAAGUGAAGCAGUCAGGGUGUGUGGCUGCAGAAGCAGGGUCCUUUGAGUCUCACUCUAGAUCCAAGCAGUUCAUGGCUAAGUCUCAGCUGCAGCCUAGAAGAAGAAGGAAGACUGGCUGAGGACAUGUGAUGACAGGACAAGGUGAUACUGGGAGAGCCAGCCAAGCUCAAGGCCUCUCCCCAAAUAUAUGCUAGUGCUUGCUUGGCUAACACCAAAUAUGUCAUGGACUAAUAAAGAUGUAGAUGUCAAGUCCACAGAUGGAACACUGUAUCUACAUGGCAAGAUCAUGGGCUAAUGCUUUUGGAUGUGACUUCAAGGGAAGAUAUGACUUGAAAGAAGGUGACUGCUCUUAUAUUGAUACCCAGAAGGCUUAUAUAGUGUCAGAUAGCUCUGAUCUUGAGAAUUCCAAAUGAGACUGGUCCUUGGAGGACCAGUGACUGUGGAUGGAGAAGGCCACCUAGGAAGGCCUCUCCCAAGGCUGACAGUUUCCCCAUGCUUUAGCGCCUUCAAUGAAGCCCUGGCUCAGUUGGGGCCUGCCCUGAUUGUCUGGGUCAGCUUGGGCACCAGUCCACAAGCCUCAGGCCAGAGGCUUUGGUCAACAUCAGUCUUUUUCCCUCAGUACUGUUCCAAGGAGGGAAGUAGCUUCCCACACCCAGGGUGCGUUUCCCUCAUCCUGAUGCCGACAACUUUCCCACCCUUGCCAGUGCUACCACCCCACCUGCCCUCGGCCCCUGGGCCCAAUUGCUAGAAGGAGGCAUAGGGGGCUUAGAAGGGAGAUUUCAAGUUUACUCAUGUGUAUGUUGCAUCCACGUUGUUUUUAAUAUAUAUAUAUAUAUCAAAAGUCAAUUAUCUAUUUUUGUAUUGUUUGCAUUUUAUAAUCAUGGAAAACAAUGUUUAUCAAUUGUUCUUUUCUGAUAUAUUUUAUUUUUAAGCGGUGCUGUUUACAGUUUUAAACAAAGUGAAGAUGACACAAAAAUUGCUGCUGCUUGUGUAGAGGGUUGGCAUCUCAACUGCCCAGGGCCCUCACUCUUUCCCCUCUCCCUGAUGUAUCACAUCGUCCAUUCUCUCCCUCCAUGAUAGGGACAGCAGAAGAUGCCCAGGUACUAAGACAAAUGCCAGGUGACUCAACCAUGUAGAACCUGGUAGAUGGUGUAUCGUUUUAUGGUUUUACUUUUUCUUUCAGACCCUGCCCUUCCCUGUGUGUAGACCUUCUGGAAUUAAUCAUGUGUCUGUCUCUCACUCUCUUUCCUCUUUAUGUUGUGCUCUAGUUGAAACCAGAGUUUUCCAUAUUUUGCUAUUUUUCAUAUUGAGUUUCUCCAAAGGAGCAUUUUUGGGGACAUUCUCUACCCAGUGGGGAGGGCAGGGACUUUCAAAUAUUACCCCUCUCCCCAAGAAGCUGGGGGAAAUAGAUAAAAGUGAUGCUUGAAUUAUCAGGAAUUGCUCAUCUCAUUGAGGAAACCCUUGCAUGGGACUUUCAAGGAGCUCAGUUGAUUUUGACACUCACCCAGAAGACACCUUGGGGAAGGACCCUUCUUGCUGCUUUGGGGAAAUCUCUUCCUCUACCACCAUUCCCAUUCCCCUGCUGUGCUCCAGCUCACAUGUGGAUGGAACUUUGGGGAACAGUGGCUGUUAGGGUGAUGGCUUGCUGGCCUAAUUCUCACCUUUCCAUCCUAUAGUCACUCCAAAGAAGAAAAUCCACAUGGCAUGUAUAUGUGUGAGGUUUGGGCCCACUGAGAAUCGAGGCUUUAAUUAUUAUUCUUGUUACUAUUGGUGCUUAUUUUCUCUGAUGUAUAUGGGGUUGGGGGGAGAAACCAGGAAUGUAUAUUUAGAUCACGGUAAAUAAAAUGGCUGGGGGGACAGAGGAAAGAAAUUGGAAAUGGCAGUACAUCCCCACCCCCAGGUUUAAGAGUUCUUUCUCUCUCAGUGCAAAAAGGGGAUCAUGGCCCUUUGAUGUGCCCUAGCUUCCCCUUUCCUAUCCCUGAGAUAUGGAAUUUCCUGGAUUGUGACCUCUCUAAUCCUAGUUCUCACUGACAUCUAGAUAUCUUGAUGCACUGCCUGUUUGUAACAACAAAUAUUUCUUUUGCUGAAUGCUAAUAAACUGGCUUCAAGAGGGGACCCCCCCCCCAGUCACCGAAGUGCAUUCUUGUGGUUUGUUCCAUAGCAGCAUGCCUGUGGCACAUAGUUGUUGGGUUUGCCCUUGAGGGGAAAUAGAAAAAGAAAGGGGGUGUGGGGUCACCCAGCAAGGGGAACAGAAGCCAGAGCUGAAAAUGAAAGUAGAGGAAACCAGUUCUUGGUUCGAGUUGUACCCAGCAUCUCAGUCAUGAUGUGUUGCUAAAACUCUUCUUGAUACCAUCUGUGCUCUGAUACCUGCCAGGGAGCUAGCUAGCAAUUCUGAAAUUAGCUUCAGUUCCUGUAAGUGUACUGGCCUCCCCACCAUCCAGGAAGCAAAAGUGUGGGCUACCUACUGAUGGCUCCAGGAAAAGGAUGCAUCUAAUGUUGGGACUCUCAGGCCAACCUGACAGGAGUGGCAUCCUUUACCCAAUCCUAUAGGUAGAGAUGCUGGCUGGGCAGCUGACUGGCUCACCUAUUCAGCUGUGGACUUUGUGGGGAGUAUGUGGCUUCUGCCCCUUAUUGUAGGGUAUCUUAUCCAGUAGGCAUCAGAGGUAUGCAAUGGCAACAGCCCAGUCACCUCGGUCAUAUCCUGAUUUCCAGGCCUCUCCUAGCCCAAGCAGGAAUCACCUGCCCAUUUCUAUUACCCAUAUAAGGGUCCUCCUGUACCAUCAAUCAGGAGAAGGUGAUUGUCCUAAUGGCUUUGGUUUCUCUAAUCCAAACUCUUACCCUUGGCCCCUGGCAAGCAAGGGCAUCUAGCACCUGCUGGUAGGCUUCCUUGAAUUCUGCCCAAUUGUCAUGUCCAAGUCAGAAGACCUGAAACAGCACCUCCUUGAAUGUGCUGUGGAUAGUGCUAUGAUAGGCCCCUUCUCAGACUAACAAAAAGCUUGGUGGCACCCAGGACCUCAUGAACCAAGCAAAGUAAAAAUAAAAGCAAAUUAGCAAGAGAGGAAAGAUAUAACAUCAUGGGAGGGAAGCUGAUAAUCUGUAGAAAUGGAAUUAUCUGCCCUGGGCUGCUCAUGAAAGAAAGAAGAGUGUCAUGGCUGCUCAGGGAGCUUUUGGAAUAAGAAUUUCCGGGAAGGUCUUAUGACAUCCAUCAGAAAUUCAUGGAAAUCAUGGAGUCAGGGAGGCCUGGAUUUCUGCCCUAAUUUUUGCACCUCAUUAUUUAAUGGGGACUUGGGCAAAUCCUUUCUCCUUCUGAGUCUCGGUUUCUCCAUGGGAUAUUGGGUAUACAUUUGACUACUAUACAAGUUUUUUUUUUUUUUUUUGUCUUUUUGUCUUUUCUGGGGCUGCACCCAUGGCAUAUGGAGGUUCCCAGGCCAGGGGUUGAAUUGGAGCUGUAGCCGCCAGUCUACACCAGAGCUGCAACAAUGCAGGAUCCGAGCCGCAUCUGUGACCUACACCAUAGCUCAUGGCAACGCCAGAUCCUUAACCCACUGAGUGAAUCCAGGGAUUGAACCCACAACCUAAUGGUUCCUAGUUGGAUUCGAUAACCACUGAGCCAUGACGGGAACUCCACCAGUUUUUUGUUUGUUUUUGCUUUUUAGGGUCGCACCUGUGACAUAUGAAAGUUCCCAGGCUAGAGGUUGAAUCAGAGCUAUAGCUGCCAGCCUAUGCCAUAGCCACAGCAAUGCCAGAUACAAGCCACAUCCCUGACCUACACCACAGCUCGUGGCAAUGCUGGAUCUUUAGCCCACUGAGUGAGGCCAGGGAUUGAACCUGCAACCUCAUGGAUCCUAGUUGGGAUCGUUAACCACUGAGCCACGAAGGGAACUCCAUUGACUGUACUAGUUUCAAUAUGCAAGACAGAAGAUUGGGAUACCUUGAAGUGGACCAUGGAACUUUGUCAACUACGUAAGUCUGUCAUUCCUACCCUGAUUCUAACUCAGCCUGAGGUAGGGGCGUUCUUUUUGUUGUACCCUACAUAACUCUGAUGUAUUGGAUCUCCUUCUCUUCUUUGCUAGGACUGAUGGCUACCUUCACUGUGGCCUCCUGGGGAGUCCUUUGCAACUCUGGGAGGGCCAUUUGUGGAGGGAACUCUCCAAGACCUUCUUAGAGAAUCAAAAAAACCACCUUGAUCAGAUCUAGCACUGUUCUUUGGUCUACUUGAGGGCUGGGGUUGUGCCUAGUGAGAGGGCUGCCUUUGUUCCAAGUUUCUGUUUAGAGAAAAUGGAAAUCCAACAAAUAAGAGACAUUUGUACAUAAGAAACAUAAGCUUCUAGGUCCCCACUGCCUCCACUCUGAAUGGGCUCUGGGCUCUACUCUUUGUUCCUCCUAUUUCUGGAUAAUUCCUAGAUUUUGGGUGACCUGCAUGGCCUUUGAGAGCCAGAUCUAGCCAAUAGGACCAAGUGACUGGAGGUGUAGCACUUUCUAGUCUGCAACUCCUUCCAUCUGCAUUAUUUUCUAAAAGCAGGUGGGCAGAACAGUUUAUUUCAUCCCAACUUUACAGCUAAGGAAAGGGAGGUAUAGAGAAGCGAAGUGACUUGCUUGUGGUAAAAUAGAACAUUGACUGCAAGUCAGGGUGGGAAAGAGGAUGGACAAUCUGGGGUGGAAGAUAUGGUGGAAGAGAAAGAUUACUAAUAAGAAUUGUCUAAGCACAGAAUGAAUAAUGUCAUUGAUAUGUGUCAGGCACUAGACACUUUAGCUAUA